AUGUCCCACCGCCGAGAUCCGCACCAUUGUCACGCCCUCAUCUCGCAAGGUCAAUGGCUUGACACCAAGUUCACAAACUGGCAACCAAAAGGCUGUAUGAUGCACAAGUACACGCCGCCCGAGGUUCAGUAUUGCCUGCGUUCCAAACGCGUCGUCUUCAUCGGCGACUCGACAACCCGCCAGUUGUUCUUCUCCAUGGCUCAACUUGCAGACCCAACGCUCCCUUCUUCCCCUCCUUCUUCUUUCGAGAAGCAUUCGGACCACUCAUUGCCAGCCGGCACAGGCACUUGGUUUGACUUUUUCUGGGACCCGUUUCUCAACUCUACAAAGACGGAGACCCUGCUAAAAGGAGACGGAUUCGGGAAACGAGAUGCUCCCAACAUGUUGGUUCUGGGGACUGGGCUCUGGUUCCUUAGGUAUCGGAAUGAGCCCGGUGGAGGCGGCGGCAUGGCCGGAUGGGAGUCUAGAAUGGAACAUAUCAUUGAAACUAUACGGAAUUCCAAGUCAAAGCUCGCCGAUGAGAUCAUCAUCCUCCCUGUGCAGGAGCCAGAUCCGAACAAGCUGUCGGCAGAAAGAUCAGCUUUUAUUCAACACGCGGACAUUGACGCUAUGAAUUCGGACCUACUCCAUCGACUAUCGCCUUUGGCCUCGGUUUAUGACCCUCCUACCUCAACCCCACCAUCUCAUCUUCCUAUCGCCCCACCAACGAUCCCAGAAGAUGUGGUAUUGCAUUCUGCAGAUCAUGGGCGUGCCCCUGCCAUAUUUCCAUCAGUAUUCAAUACUCUCCUUGAUCCUUCACAGACUGCCGACGGUCUUCAUUAUAGCCCGCUCAUUGCUUCCUCUCAAGCACAGAUUCUUCUCAAUUUGCGUUGUAACGACCUGCAGCCCAAGCGCUUUCCAUUCGACAAGACUUGCUGUGCACGGUAUCCAGCACGCCUAGAUCUUUCCCUCUGGGUUAGCGUUGGAAUAUGGUUAUUUGGGCCUACGAUUUGGUUUCUGAGGCUGCGUGAGAAGGAGAGUGGAGUUAUCGCGGAGACGGCAAGAACAAUCCUGCCACUCCUUCCAGAGGCGAAAUACGACAAACCGCUCACGAUUUUUGGCUCAGUUGUUUGGCUUUGUCGUAUCGCGGAUAGGACAGGCCUUUGGCUCAAGUCCCAGAAACAGUUUAACCCAUGGAUUUUCACCAUGCUUAGCGUUCUGAUUAUCGUGGCAUGUCUCGCGACGGUCAAGAAAGGCUCAAAAGACCUGGGUCCUCUCAAUCGCCAGCAGACAGACGAGUGGAAAGGGUGGAUGCAAUUAUUCAUCCUCAUCUACCACUACAUGGGUGCUUCCAGAAUCGCCGGCAUUUACGCCCCCAUUCGCGUUCUCGUUGCGUCCUACUUAUUCAUGACCGGCUAUGGUCACACGAUGUAUUAUCUCAGAAAGGCCGACUUCAGCAUCCUCCGCGUCGCGCAGGUUCUUGUUCGACUCAACCUCCUCACCAUUAUACUGGCAUACACGAUGGACACCGACUACAUAUUCUACUACUUUGCACCACUCGUCUCGUUCUGGUAUCUCGUUGUCUACUUCACUCUCCUCGGAGCAUCGUCGCACAACACAAAGCCAAUCUUUGUUCUUUGCAAGAUCAUUGCCUCCUUCCUUGUUGUAGCAAUUAUACACUCUCAAGUGUGGCUCAUUGAGGGCGUCUUCCGACUCUUGCGCACUCUCGCCAACAUCAAUUGGUCACCGAAGGAAUGGGCUUUCCGAGUCAACCUUGAUUAUCUAAUCGUCUACGUCGGGAUGAUCAUCGCACUUGUUCUUCAUACGCUCGAUUCCCCUGGCAGCGCCGGUGUAGGAACAGCACGGUUGGUGGACCAUCCCCGGUGGUCAUGGCUUCGGCAUACUCUCCUCCUUGCAUCAUUUAUUGGACUUGUGUGGUUUGCAGCCUUCGAGCUCAGUCGGAAGGAUAAGUUUGCCUACAACUUAUGGCAUCCUUAUGUCUCCGUCGUCCCGGUGCUCGGGUUUAUCGCCUUGCGAAACGCGACGCCGGUGCUAAGAAGUGCAUCAUCCUGGUUGGCAGCAUGGAUUGGUGCUUGCUCCCUCGAAACCUUUAUCUUACAGUACCAUCUCUGGCUAGCCGCAGACACGAAAGGCCUCUUGGUCAUCAUUCCUGGGAUCAAUCAUCGUGCAAUCAACUUAAUUAUCACCUCAACUGUCUUUUUAUGGCUCAGUCACCUCGUCGCCACUGCUACAGGGGAUCUGACCAAACUGCUGUGCGGAGUUGAGAGCCCAACUCCUACACUUCCUCUCACCUCGAACGAAACCACGAUAUCACAUUCUAUUCCUGACUCCGUUGCCCAGUCGAUGUCCAGCUUCGUCAACGGUACUCAAGCCGGAGACACGGAGAGUAUACCGCUCGCCAUAAUAAACCAAGCUGGUUCGAUAGACAAUGCAGCAGCGAAAUCUUAUGCAGAAGAUUCAGAGUUCACUAACCUACUCUCACGCGAGGAGCAAACCGUCCCGAACGAACCGCCGCCGUCCUCGCCUCCGACAGGAGCAGCGGCAAACUCGCAUGGAAAAUCAGACUCGUCAGAACCAUGGCCACUUCCUGUUCGAGUUGGUGUCAUUCUCGUCGUACUCUGGAUCCUCAAUCUGGUGUGGCCGCCGCCGACAGAUGGAUCUACACUAACGACUUACCCUACAUUUGAUCAUGUAUCUCUAAUCAAGACGUUCUGCUUUAUUGACACGUUGGCGCCCGCCAUCACCAUGCACUUUUGGGACCUUCCGGAAGAUAUUUUUCUCGAAAUUCUAGCAUUCAUUGGAUCUGAGAGAGGCCAGGGACGUCAAGAUAUUCUGAAAUCACUUCGCUUAACAUCCAAGCGAUUUGCAAAUUUUGUCGACCCUGGACUCUUUAGUGCUGUUGCUAUCAAACUAGAUGGCUCAGACUUGACCUCGCGGGUUGCUUUGGCUUCAAGGCUUGGGCAUUUUGUCAAGACGCUCACCCUCAGUCUGUGGGUGGACUCAGAGAAGGACGAAUGGAGGAGUGUGAUAGGAAUCGACAAUAGAGACACUCAGGUCUCACAAAUAAUCCGACUCGUGCCCAAUGUGCAUGACCUUACGCUUCACAUCCUACGCGACUCGCGGCUGCGGCUACCCAAGGUCACCCUUGCAUUCGAGGAGAUGAAAAUGAUUCGAAGCUUGCAAGUCAUGGAAACCCUGAGGAGGAGCACUGGUUCAGAGCCUUUUACGCAGGAGAAUGUGUCCGACCUCCUGGACGGAAUUGUCGCACAAAUAUUUCAAUCAAGUGGAAAGGAGCUCCAACAUCUCUCCUUCGAUACAAAAAGUUGCAUAAGUACGCCAAAUCUCAAGCUACUCCGAGCGGAGGCUUCGAGUCUCCGAGCGGCUAUCUUCCGCAAUUACAUUGGCAUCACUUGUCGCGAUAUAUUAUGCGAGGAUACACCGUGGGCGUGUAGAGAUUCACUUCAGUAUCUCUCCUUUCUCGAUUGUCGCGGAGCGCAUAGUGGCGCCAUUGCGUGUGGCGUGGCAAAUGGACUGUGGGCGCGAAACCUUCAAUGGCUCGAGGUGUCCACAUGCGGUAAAAUGGAUGACGUCGCUCGUUUGCCGUAUCCUCUUGCCCCUUCAGACGUGACGCCACCCGUAUCACUGGAGCGAGCGCACUACGAACAUGAGAUCUAUUGGGAACUGGAUUUCCUGGGCAAAAUCCCCGUUAAAAAUCUCACAUUGACGAAAGUAGAAGAACAAGAAGUGAUCACUCUGCUGGAAGCUGGGGCCUUCCCUUGCUUGGAGAAACUGGAGAUUGACUCGACCGUCGAUAUGCAAACCUCGAAGGGAAUUUCGGACGCAUGCGAAAGAAGAAAAGUCAAGCUUAUACUGGAAGCGUCGCCCCUGCUUGACUAUUAG